AUGACUAGUGGUCCUGCUGACGCUCGUUUUCUCACACCUGAGGAACGUAAAUUUGCUCUUGAUCGUUUAAGACCAGAAGGUGGUCCUGCCCCAGUAGAUCGUGCAACUGCCAAAAAACAGAUAAAACUUGCGUUCCAGGAUAUUAAAGUUUACAUUUUCCUAAUACUAUUAUUCCUUGCUUCAAUACCAUUCAAUGCUCUUAAUUUAUUCCUUCCAACUUUAGUUAAGCAACUUGGUUAUAGUAGUGUAAAUGCUCAAUUAAUGAGUGUACCACCACUUCUUGUUGCAACUCGCAAUAUAACUAUUGCAGCAAUAUUAACCCUUGCCAAUGCUGGAGGAAUUGUUGGAUCUUUAAUCUACCCAGAUACCGAUGCACGCUAUCAAUAUAUUAAGGGAAAUAUUGUAUGUUUGGCCGCCAUACUCUUACAAUGUCUUUUAACUAUUGGAUUGAAAAUUUAUUUGGAAAUCAUAAAUAAGCAACGUGAUUUGGCUACAUUAACUGCUAAAAAUUAUAAAAUUGAUAAUGAGUUAAUGAAAAAUAAAACGAAACUUAGUGAAGUGGCCAAGAAAUUGGUUGAAAAUGAACCAAGGUUUGAUGAGAUAUU